AAUCCACUACUAAAAACUAAAAAUGAGUAAUUUACGUAAGUCUGUGUUACAAAGCUUUAAAAAUUUGCACAGGACUAGAAUAAAAGUAUUUGCUGGAGACGACAAGGCGUUAACUGCCGCAAGAAGUCAAAUAAACGACGGAUAUAAUAAAAACAAACAUGUCUCUGAUGAAGAAGCUAUUAAGGCUCUCAUUAAAUUUAGUGAAGAUGUAGAAAAAGAACUAAGGACACAAGUCAUUCAAGCUCGUGAAGUAAGACCUGGUGUAUAUGAGGCCAGAAUUACUGAAGACACCCUGAAGUUGAAUAAUGUCCCUUACAAUGACAAAGCCAUAUUCAAUGAAGCUAACCCAGGAAGCCAACCAUGUUGUAAAGAUCAAGUAUAAAAUAUAGAACAUAAACCUUGUACCACAUACAUGAUCGCAAGUAAUCACAACCAUAAUAAAAGUGAAGUAUUAACACCAAAUACUAGACAAUAGGUAUUUUUUUCAAUUAUUUUGUACUAGAUUAUUAGGAGAGUUUUGUUUGUGUAUUUUGUAGGAAAUGUUUUCAUAUUGUUAGUAAACUAUUUAGCAAAAUAUCUUUAUAAUGAAUGACUAUUAGUGAAACUUUAUAGUACCAGUGUACAGUUAAUACGGCGAAUUUAGGCAAUAGGGAAGGUAUUGCAGCAGAAUGGAAUGGAAGUAAAUUUUGUACUCGGAUUACAAAACAAUAGGCAGAUGGAGCAUACGCAACAAACGAUGUGAACACAGACAUGUAUCUAGAUAUAUGUCUGUGGAUGUGAAGCUGCUUUCCAUUUAUUGUGUCUGUGACAACAAGGACGGGUGAUGUAGGGACGUGCGCAUUUGUGUGCGUGUAAGGGUCGUAUUCUAGAACUCUACUCAAUGCUCUAGUCAGGAUUUGAGUAUGGUUUAAAGCACUCGAAAUCAUACUCAAAUCACUGCCAUUAGGGCCGUAUUUCCAGUGCUUGAAAUCAUACUCAGAUCCUGACUUGAGCAUUGAGUAGAGUUCUAGAAUACAACCCUAAGAUUGCCAGAUGCAGUGAAAAUCGCCCGAAUUUUUUUUCUGUUGUUUCUAUAAUAACUAACAAAACUGGAAAUAUUAUUUUGCAAUAUGGUACUUAAGUGGUGUUAGGAUAUAAAACAAAUUAUAUGCAAUUUAUAAGUUAAUAUUUAAU